GACCUUAGGCCAGUCCCUUCCCCUGUCUCCUGGCAUCACUACCUGUCGGUAGAAGGUGGGCGCUGGACCUGAUACCUCCUUCGGGAGACGGAAGUUCCACUAGCUGCCUUUUUCCAUCAGCAUCCACAACUAUGGGUGGUUCUUUUUAGUGAUCGCCGUUUAGUAAUUGAGGAAACUGUCAUUUAGAGGGGGGAGAAAUGAGUUACUUUUCUAAACUUAAUCGGCAAGUGCUAGAACCCGGGCUGGAAACCUAUCAGGGCUCUGGAAUUUCUGCGACGAUGUUAAUUGCUGUUUUCCGGGAGACCAUUCCUGGGAAAGAAAAUGUAUGGCGGAAUACGGGUAGGGUUGGCCCUCUGAGCUGUCAAUUACGCUGUGGAGGAGUCCUGGAAAUGUGUGUAACUAUUUGUCGCCUGACCCAGUACCACGCCCUGGCACCUGGGUAGAGGUUGAUUCAAGGUUUCAGGGUUUUUGCUUGUUUGGGCUUCCAAGCCUUUUUUGGCAGUUUGUUGGUGAAGCGAGGAAGUGACCAGACAGAAAACUGUUGGUUCUGAUGAAGAUUUCCCCCCACUCCAGUUGUGAGGCAGCAGCAAUCGGGAUCUGUCCCAGUUCUCUCCUCCUUCACCCUCUGAACUCUGACCAUUUUCAAACCCUUGAAGUUGGUCCUGAGAAGAAGUUAUUUGACCAGAUUUAAAUAGUGUAAGUGUGGAUUUUUAGGGAGGAGAGAUUUCACCCAGUAUAAUUUGCCCUAGAUUUAGGAAGGCCCUAUUUUCUGAACUAAGAAUUUGGAACCAGUAUAUAAUAAGACAUCAGAUCAUAAUAACUGAGUUCAAGGACCUAUUUUAGUCACCUGUUGAUGGACCACAAACCACGAUAGGAUGUUUCUAAGUAUUUCAGUGAUUUAUUUUACAUAUUUCCUUAUAGGUGAGUUCUCAACUCGGAAUUACAGCUUCUCUCCCAAAAGCCUUACAGCUUAUGUGAAUGAAGGCUUAGCGUUCUGAGCCACACUCCAGUUUGAUAAGGUCCCUUUAUUGGACUGAACAUUUUCCAGUGUAUGAGAGGAUGGCUGCCCCCAUUCAGCACUGCCACCCAGAGAACUGCUGGUGAGGACUGCAGUUCCGAGGACCCUCCAGAUGAGCUUGGGCCAUCUCUUACUGAACGAGCCCUAAGGCUAAAAGCUGUGAAACUGGAAAAGGAAGUCCAGGAUUUAACAAUAAGAUACCAGAGAGCUGUGGCUGACUGUGAAAACAUAAGGAGGCGGACCCAGAGAUGUGUGGAAGAUGCCAAGAUAUUUGGAAUCCAGAGUUUCUGUAAGGACUUGGUGGAGGUGGCGGACAUUUUGGAGAAGACUACUGAGUGCAUUUCUGAAGAAACAGAGUCUGGGGACCAGACACUCAUUCUGGAGAAGGUCUUUCGGGGGCUGUCACUCCUAGAAGCAAAGCUGAAAAGUGUGUUUGCCAAGCAUGGCCUGGAGAAGAUGGCACCCAUCGGUGAUAAAUACGACCCUCAUGAGCAUGAACUCAUCUGUCACGUGCCAGCUGGUGUUGGGGUGCAGCCUGGCACGGUGGCAUUAGUAAGACAAGAUGGCUACAAACUUCAUGGUCGCACCAUUAGACUUGCCCAGGUAGAAGUGGCAGUGGAGUCUCAGAGAAGACUAUAAAUGGGCCAUCAAGGAACUGCAUGUUCUCCCAGAGCGCAGCCACCUUUGUUUCCUUAUUUAUUAAACUAGGUUUGUAUUGUACAUGAGGUACUUCAUGUGAUCUGUUUUGGAUUUAGUCAUAUUGGCUUUAUUUCUCAGAUAGUCUUUUGAUUUAAUGCGACCUGUUCGGUCUCAUCAGAAGUCUUGCCGUUGGGCAUUUGAACAAUGUGACAAGUGUUCCUACAACCUUUGUCAGAAUAUGUUUACGAAAAUUAUUUUUAAAUUGGUACUCUGAUGACUUUGAAUCCAAAAUCCUUAUAACUGUAGUUUCAACUAAACAUUCUUUCCUAAUGUUCCCUGUAACGGAAAUUGUAUAGCAGCUGGUGUUUUUUUGAAAAGGGAAACUAGGGAUUGGUUGAACACGCGGGUGCUUAGAUGAUAAAGCUUCAUAAUUGUAAGUUUAUCAUUUGGGUUGAUUCUCAUACAUACAGAUUUUUGAUUUCCUGCCCUUUUUUGUUGUAUUAUUUUCCUGUCAGUCAUCCUUCAUCCUUGUAGUCCCUGCCAGGUAUGUUUUCACGCUCACAUCAUUGUCCCAGCCCACUCCUUUCUGACUCCCACUUGCAGGAGCUAAAGGCACAGGCAGACAUGGGAGGCAGGGAUCAUGGAAGAAAUCUGAUACCCAGGACCCUUUCAAGCAAGGAUGGCCAGGAAACCUUGUGCUUUAUUUGUUCCAAGUUAUCUUCAAAUUAUUUUCAGCCUCCUGAGCUAUAUAAUCCAGGAAAACUAAGGUAGCACCAACAAGUCAUUACCUAAAUGGAUCUACAUAGGCAGUUUACCUACAGCUUGUUGCUCUGCCAGCCAUGACUCAUUUGCCCCUUUGUCAGAUUUGCCUUCUGAUUCUUUAUGAGAUUAUUGGGCAAGCGAGCAGGACCAAAAUGUUGGGCUCCCACAACCUCUCAUUUCAUUUAGUGAUGCUGAAUUUUUUGAUUUGAUACUCACACAUCACUACCUCUGUUCCACUGACAAGCUUUACUCCUAGCUUUCGUAUCUUAGGUCACAUUUAUGUAAGCACCUAGCUCCCUUUUUAUGUAUUAACAUACUAGAGUUAAUGGACCUGUGUGUUUAUUUUUUGUUUGUUUUUCAACCCUGCUUAUAGUCAUAUUCUGUAAAGGAUUUGUCCAAUAAAUGAGUGAAAGAAUGCUACGUCAGACUUUAGAAAUCAUGGGUAUUUAUGUUAAAAGAGGCCUUAAUCUAAUUUCAUACUUUCUGCUUCUAACGUAUGAUAGUCUUUAGGACUGGACCUGAAGUAAAAAAAAAAAAAAAAACUAGUGAUGAAAUUUCAGUGAGAAUUUGAAUAAGAAACUAUGUUAAUGUCAAUCAUUUAAUAUUAAGGAACUUCCAAAUAUGUCCCCAGUAGAUAAUUGUUAGAUGCUAAGAUUGCAAAGGUUUAGGCUUCAGUUAGUUACCUAUAAUAUAAAUCAACUUCCACUGUGAAGUGAAAAAUGGCACCCUUCCACACUUUAGGUUCUUUGGCUAAGAUGUUAAUUAAAUUGACAUAAGGCUGAUUAACAGAGGAAAACUCCAUGUUUAAUUAUAUAUACCCAAGAGUUCCAGAGAAUUAGUCUUGAGGAAGGGUCACACAGUUGAAGCUUGCAGCAUCCUGAACUACAGACAGGAACAGGGGCUGAGCAGGGUGGUGAGAGGAGGAAAUGAAUGGAGGAAAUCACCCAGUUAAAGUCUAAUACAGAUUAUCUGGAGCCAUCCUCUUCCUAUUUAUUAUUUAUGCUAAUUUAGGUUUCCCUUAUAGGUAUAAAUUUCCUCCUUUUUUGGAUACCUGUGUCCAGUUUUUGUCAAAAUUAUCAGCUUUAAAUAUACCAAAGACGGAUAUUUUGGGGUGCCACAUUCUGGUUUUUUUUUUAAGAGUAUUUGGGAUAGUGUGUCCUGAGCCCCAAUAUCCCCAUUCGAAGAUACCACAUUAGCCCUAUAUAAUAAAGCCGUGCCCUUGUGAGCCCUACCAUCUCCAUCUUCACAUUUAGAUACUCUUAAAAGGCAAUCAAAAGACUGGUAGUAAGAUUAUAAAACCAGAAUCUUUUUUUUCAUUCCACAAAGUACAUACUGUAAUUUGAAUGAGCAAUCAAAUUUCACAAUAAGAAUUUGUCUUGUAUUUUUUUUGUUUGUUUGUUUUGCCUUUAUUCCUUGAGAUUGACAGAUGGUGACAACAGGGGGGAAAAAGCCCUUUAUAAUUACCCAUGUGUGUUUUUGGAACAGUAGCAAUCAUUACCAGUGAAUUAGAAUUAACCAUAAUUUUAGAUAUGGAAUGUUCUGAUUACCUAAAGUGUUUUCUGUUACUCCAUUCCACCUUCUAUUUUUGCAAGUAGAUUAAGAAUCAUUUUAGGUUCUUUUAUUAUUCAGUACUUUUGCAGAGUUAAAAGUCUAAGUUUAGAAUUGGAGGGUGAAGCUACAACAGAAUGUCAACUGGAAGGGCUGUGGGGGAGCCAGAGCAGCAUAGUAGAGCAUAGGCGUGGUCAGCAUACACUUGAACCUGAUCCCAGCUCACUUACCUGUGUGACUGGCACCAGUCAUUCAGUCUUCUGAGCCUGUUUCCUUAUUUGUAGAGUGCUUUUAAUUCUCUCAUGAUACUGUGAGGGUUAAGUGAAAUAUGUCAUUUGCCUACUACAGUAGGCCCUCAUAUUUAUUUUUAUCCUUUUUUUGUUAUGUACAUUGUACUGUGUUUUUGUAGCUGCCUAAAGUCUAAGGAAAGGGGAAGACUAGUUAAAUGAUGAUUAUUAAAAAACAUAUAAGCUAAUCAUUCACAGUGAAUUUUUUUCCUUCCGGUUUCUGGUUGGUUGGAUGGUUGUUUUGUUUUUAAUUAACCACCACAAGGAACAUACAUUUUUAGAUUGAACAAGAAAAUUGUGUUAGUGCUCUUAAUUAUUUUGAGGUGACAAAACAAGAAGACAGUGUCUAGCAGGUGGUAUAUAAGGAAGCUGUGGCUCACCUAGGAGGGAUGUUGGUGUUUUAGUACUUGGAUUCUACAGACCUUUUACUGACUUUCCUUAUUGCCAUAAAGGAAUCAGUCAGUUUGAAGUUGAUACAAGUUAUUUGGUGAUGUAAGGAUGAAAUGUAAUAUCCAGAAACAACUUUAAUAAAACUGAAAUUGGAAUAACUGCA